UUAAAGUCCGAAUAUCGCUGCUUUCAUUUUCAGGCACACAAAGCUUUGGCAAGUGUCAAGUUUGACUGUGUUUCAAAUGACACAAAAAACUUUUUUUGACUAAUGUUAGAUUCAAAAGAAAUUCAUCUACUAUUUCAUGUGCCUGAAGGCCUUGAAUUCAUUGCCGCCAAAGACAUUGAAGAAUCUUUGAAACAUGUUACGAUUAUACAUCAUACCAAAUACAGUUGGGAAAAAAAGACAGGAAGAGUUCACUUGUUUUGUAAAGUAGAUAAUCUCAAUGAAUUGAGAGACUAUAUUACAAACAGAAUUGAAUUGCUUUGUAUAUACAGCGUGACUUUAGUUGCAUCAGAAUCUGUCAUACCGGCUGACGUAUUUUCUGAAGUACAACCUACCUAUGACUUUAUCACAGCUCAAACAAAGGGAGCACCAUGGCCAAGCGUGAUUGAUGAGAAGGAAGGUGCCGAUGACAUCACAUUUAGAGCUACCUUUAAAAAGGAACAGCUUAAACAUAAGGCACCCAGCCAAGAAAUUGCAGGUUACAUUGGUUAUGCGUUUAGUGACGUUUACAAACAUUGGAAAGUUAAGAUGACUGGUUAUAACUAUAAUAUCAUGUCUCUUUGGUACCAAACUACAGACAUAGACGUAUUAUCUCGAAUCUCGAACCACUGUUCCGAAAAAUCAGUCAUUUUACUUCUAGGUGUAGGCAUACCUAUUAAAGAUCAAAAACAACGAAACAGACUUUUUUACGGCAGAACCAGUUUAAACCCUUGUAUUGCCUAUUGUUUAGCUAAACUGGCCGAUCCCAAACCUGGUCAAAUAAUAUUAGACAUGUGUUGUGGUACCGGAACUAUUCCUAUUGAAGGUGCCUCUCGAUUUAAGAAUACUUUGUGGCUCGGGAGUGAGGUAAAAUCCAAAGUCAUAGCCGAGAAGGCUCAAGGAAACCUGAUGCAUUGUAAAAUCCAAAAUGCAGAGUUUUCAAUUGGUGAUGGACGAAAGUUGUGUUAUAGACCAGGCAUUGUUGAUUCAAUUGUUUCAGAUUGGCCAUGGGGACUUCGAGAGAACUCGUACUCACAAAUCAAAUCGCUUUAUCCUAAGUUCAUGAAGCAAAUGUGGAAUGUCUUAAAGCCGAAUGGAAAAGCUUAUAUUAUUACACAGGGGCAUAAAAUUAUGACAUACGUAUUAAAGUAUGACUGGUGUGAAAGUAUGUGGAAGACAGAAGAUAUUAUUACCAUUGGUAUCGGCGGAUAUGAUGUCUCUCUGUACAUCUUUUCGAAAAACCCGAACCCGGCCAUUAUUCCUCUUGGUAUCUAACUCAGACCACGAGUUUCCGUUCCUGAAUAUCGAAGUUAAUGAAAUGAUUCCAUAUAUUGUAGCCUAUUCAAAUGAAAUUUAAUAAAAAAGCUACGUUGCUUAGUUUUGGGCUUACAAGGAGAGAUUUCGGAUGGAGGAAGAUUUGAUGUUUGGCAAGUAAACAGGGUGAUAUAGUAACUGAAUCGUAAAGUGUUUGCUGCAGCUUACUCACAUAGCUUUUUUGAGAAACCCCGAGUCUGGUUGUGCAAAUGAGUACUAUCAUGAUGAAAGUUAGCUUAAUUUGCGUGUACAACAUAACACCAGUACACCAGCAGGAUGUGUCUAAAAUCUACAAUAAGUGCAUG